UGAUGGACAGUUUCUAUGAUUACGAGAUAUGACGUCAUAAGUAGCGGGUGACCAAACUAUUUUUAAGUGAAACUACAUGUUUAUUCAACUUCUUUCAACAAUAAGAGUACAUCUUGUAGCUAAAAUCGUGCGAUGUGCUUAUUUAUGUUUUAUUUUUCAUGUCAAUCCCAUUUCUCGCAGUUUCUAACCUGAUAUCUAUUUCUUGGUAAAAUCCAGGAUGGUGGCCAAGAUCGCAACCAUUGUUGGUGACGUCACAGGCCUCCAGAGGCACCGCCACCCAUAAAAUAUACCUUAUCUUGUUAAAGGAUCAAAGGCUUUCCACUGAAGAUAAAGUCGUUUCGAACUACUUGAACAUGUCAAAAUAGUUGGGGACUCAUCGGCGUAGGUUAAAAUGUGUAAAGUGGAGUGGAUUUUUUUUUUUUAUGAUGAUAAUUAAAAAAUUUUAUUGACAAUAAUGCUAACUAUUAAAAUCCUUUUUACAAUUAAUUUGCUUGAAAAAAGGAAAAGGAAAAACUAUUCAUUCAAAACACUAUUGUGGAGUGGAUUGUUUUAAUUGUAAAUAGGAAAGCCAAUCAACAACAUCCUCACCCUAGCAAAGCAGAGUCACCCGCAAUUAUGUUAUAUCUUAUUAAUUCUCCUUUACCUUAAAAGGUAUAUUGUCUGUCCUUUCUUGGGUUUUUUGUUGUCUCUGCAGCACCUUUUUUUUGUAACUAGGUGCUUUUCUUGAUACUGUAAUCUCUCCUAAAUCUCUCAGAUAUUGUGAAGCACCCUUUCGAAAACAAAAAAAGAGAGCCAGCAUGGAAUCCUAAAAGGGGACAGAACUUAGGUUAGUUUUAUGCUUGAAAAGCCUUAAGAGCCUUGAGUGUAAAAGUUAAUACAAGUUCAAUUGCGGGUAGAGUGCCACAGUCUCAUAAGAGGCUUCUUUCUUGGGCACAGUUCAAAUCCCUCUGCAGGAGGUGCUUUCAACUAGGGCAUGCCAUAAACCAACCAAGAAACCAUGGCAUAGUCUCUUUGCCCAUUUAACGUAUAACGCACUUCUUGCUCAGUCAAAAUGUGAUGAUUUAUAAUGAACAUAGAAAAACUAGCAAAGUUGUUUUAAUGUGAAAGUAAAACUCGCUUCAACUUCAGAAAUACCGUCGCAAUUACUACUUGAUCGAAAAUAAAUUACGUCGUUUGCUGUUCUUUCUUGAAAACAGGCAAGCCACUUUGCUUGAAGCUCCUGGUUGUUCUUCAAUGUGGACUUCGCCACCUUAAUCAAAUUUUCUUUUGGUUCUUUCAACUUAUGGUUUUUUAUUUGCCAUGAAAAAGCGAUAGGCGUUGUCACUGAUAUGAAUAAGGCCUCGCUCUCUAUACUGCCUUGCUUCUGUCACAUCGAGGGUUUCAGCCACCUUUGUACUUUGUGAUAAUUUUGCAAAUGGUACAAUGACGUUUUCUUCCAAAAGUUCGCACAUGCGAUGGUGUUGAUGGGCUUUCGGUAAGGUUUUCGUAUUUUCUCUGUAAAUGUUGACUUUAACGAAUUUUCACAAAUUUUCCAAUAUUUUUCUUAUUGCCCAGCCUCCAACGUAACGCACUUCCCACUGCAGACAUUUCUUCGACAUUGAAUUCUAUAGCUUCAUUUCUCUAGUCAUCUCUAAUGGACGUUUUACGGUCAAGUCGCCCGAAAGUCAUCUCGCCCAAAGCCAUGUCGCCCGAAAUUUCAUAACGCUCAAAGAGAUUCUAAAAUUGCUAGUCAGAGUCAAAUGCGAAACUAUGAAACUCAGGUUGUUUGUUUCGCUGUCAUUUUCAUGGAGAUAGUAAACCUAAAAUAAAACACGAAAUUCAAAAAAACUAGUAAUAUCAGUUACAGUAUGAUUCUUACUGUUGUUUUUAUAUGUUGAAGUAUUCUGUUUUGAAAGAAGAUCCGCAUCACUACAAUUGGAAUGUUGGAAAAGGCCGCCAUAUUUUUUACGCUGGAUCCUUUGAAGUUUUCUGGCGUUGACGAGUCGAACUUGGACGUUGCACACAGAGGACUCUGGAUGGUGCAGCUGAAUCAGGAGGUAGAAAGGUAAAUGAACUCUACCACCAGCGCGUCGGUUGAGGGAGGUGUGCCAUCCCUCCAUAUCAUUAUUGGUACAGACAGGCUGUCCGUAGAAGCUCCAGGAACUUGGUGGGAAAGUGUUGGUGUUGAUCCACUGGUUGUCUACGUAGUCCACCAACUCAUGAAGCUUUUGGGCGCACCGUACAUUGCCAAUAGGUGGUCUCUUUCCAGCACUCUUUAACAUUGUAGGUGAAGCCCCUUGAGUCAAUCAGCUUGUUUUUUCGAUGGAUGGUCCCAUCAUCUAUUAUUCGGUAGGUCAACUGCUCUGGGACCAGGUCGACAGACUCCGACAGGUGUUUCAAGAAUUGCAGGUGUAUCUUCAUUCCAAUGUUAACAGCCACCGUUUUCGGCACUGGGGUGAAGUGAGUGGUUUUAAAUAAGGCAGCAACUUUUUUAAAAAAAUAAUUUAUUUAGUAAACAUCAUUUAACAUAACAUUACAAUAAACUUUACAAUAACAGGGCGGCAAAUAAAACAGGUUUCCGUUUGUUAUUGCAAUUUCUCUUUGGCACUGGAUUUUAAUUUCCAGGAGAACAAUGAAAACUUCCAGCUCUGGGGUCUCAAACUUGUGUCUAGCUAAGUAAACGUAACAUCUAGCAAUUAAGAGAUAAUAGUUAAAAGUAUGAAGGCUGUUAGAUUCAUGUUUGUCUCCAUAAAGAACUUCCGUUGGAUUGGGAUUUAUGUUUUCAGAAUGUUUACUAUUCCACCAGUCAAUGAGUUUUCCCCCAAAACUUUUUACCUCAGGACACGUAAAUAUAUGGCUUAAAGUUUUACAAGGAGCAUCACAUUUUUCGCAUUUUGGAGAAAAGAUUUAACUUUCAUUUUCCAAAGGCGUUGGUUGGUCGGAAGAACAUUGUGGAUGAGUUUGAACUGAAAACUUCUUAGCUUAUUUUCAAUGGUGAUUUUAAAUAGAAGCUCAUAAACGGUACUAGGAGUGAAUGUUUAUUCUCUUAAAUAGGAUUCAGUUAAUGGAGGGCAGAAAGAUCUGUCAGCAAACAUUAGUCAGGCAUAUUUUCCUGAAACAUUUCCAACGGUUAGUCGUGUUACCUUUGGUCCGUUAGUGUGUUCCUGAUUGCCAUGUAAGAUAGCAUUUUUCCAAUCUUUAGAAAUCGCGGCCAGAAGACCGCCGUAAUCAAGGAAGGUACCACGAAUGUGAAAAGUAUAUUUAAGGUCUAGGAAAGACAGGAAGUUAUCGUCAGCAUUGAGGAUAUCUUUCAUUCUAAAAUGCCUGUACUAACCCAUGCUUUAUAAAAAACUGUCUUUCCGCCAAUCUUAAUAAAACGGUUAUUCCAAAGUAUUUCCUCUUUAAUUUCUUUAACACUAAGGGGUACCUUGGAAUGAGGGAUUUGCCAGACCUUCAAAAUGUUCCUAUAAUAGAGGGGGAGACCUUCUAGAUCUAAGAAUUUCAAAUCGCAAUUACACUGAAUUUUUCAAGAUGAGAGUCAAGAAAUGCACACCAAUGACCGGGACCAAUGAUGACCAUCCGAUGAACAAUAGCGAUUUACGCAGGCAGCGUAAAGAGAUUUUUCUACGUCCACAAAAUUGACCAUGUUAAGGCCACCUUUGGUUAUUGGGCCUGUCAGUGUGUUUCUUUUGAAUUUAUCAGGCUUAAAGUUCCAUAUGAAAGGGAAAAUGACCUUGUUAACUUCUUGAGCAAAAUCGGUCAGAGUAUCAAGCACAGAGCAAUUAUAAACAAGUUUAGACAGUGCUAAUGUUUUGACAAUAGCAAUUCGCCCCAGGAUUGACAAGCGCCGACCUGAACAAAGAUUUAACACCUUGUUCAUUUUAACAAGCCGUUCAUCAAAGUUGAUUUUCUCUCCAACAUGAUUUCAUAAGCGAAAACUACGCCGAGGGAGGAGACGUAUUACUUCAGCCAAGAGAUUCUAAAAGGCUUGUCUUUACCUAAUCUGUUUUUCCACAAUCCCAGCCACAGCCCUUCAGUUUUGGACUUAUUUAUUCUCAGUCCAGAGAGCGUACUGAAUCAAUCAAGCAAAGCGAAAAAGGCUACUGCAGACAAGUCGUCGUGAAUCAAAGUAGUGGUAUCAUCGGCAUAUAAGCUGAUUUUAGAUUCUUUGUUUCCAUUCGUAAGACCUUUGAUCGAUUUGCUUGUUCUGAUCUGAAUAGCAAGAGGUUCUACGGCAAGAGUAAAAAGCAUCCUGGAAAGCGAGCACCCUUGUCUCACUCCCCUUUUUAGGGGAUGAAUUCCGAAGCAUGUCCAUUGUCCACAAUGCGGCUAGAGAUAUUAUGAUAAAAUGUGUGGACCCAGUUGCGAAAACUUGGGCCAAAAAGUUCAUUUCCCCUAACACCGGGAAGAGGUAGUCCCAUUCUAACGAUUCAAACGCUUUUUCAAAAUCCAGAAAGAAAAUCAUUCCUUGGUCAUUUUCAUGUUGUGCGAUGAUAUCAGAAAUAAGACGGAUCAUCAUGUUUUCGCCAAUGAAUCUGCCCUUGAUGUAUCCUGUUUGAUUACUUCCUAUAAGGAGUGGAAGAACUCUCUCCAGCUGUUAAGCAAUGCAUUUAGUAGCAAUUUUGUAAUCUCUAUUUAAAGCGAAAUGGGACGCCAGUUUUCAAGAGACAAUAGGUCCUUAUCCUUUUUUGGGAUUAGCGAAAUUAUUCCUUGUCUCUGAGAGAGGGACAGUUCUCCUUGUUGAGCUCUGUGAUUAAGACAGUCAAUCAAAGGGCAAGAAAUCUCCUUCCAAAAACAGAGAUAGAACUCCGCUGUUAUACCGUCUGUUCCGGGGUCUUGUUACGCUGAAAAACUUUAUGGCAGAUAAGCAUUCUGCUUCAGUAAUCGAACCUUCACAAAGGCUUUGUGAGACAUCGUCUAGUCUUGGUAAAGGUCCAGAAUUAAGAAAGUCUGAUAGCUGGUCAGGGGAGAUUUGGCCUUGGGAAGUAUAUAAUUGUUGGUAGUAAUUCUUCCCUUCAUUCAAGAUAGUUUUCAAGUCUUCUAUUGUAGACCCUGCCGAGGAUUUCAAUUUUUUAUGUCUUUUGGUGUAACUUCUUUUCGAAAGGUUGAGAAGAUAUUUAUUACAUUUUUCUCCUGAUUGAUACCAUCGAGCUCGGCUUCUGACAAUACAACCUCUGGUUUUCUCCUCGGCCAUUUGAUAUAAUUUAAUUUUUACUUUUUUUGCCUUGUUCGCUAGAGGAUUUCCUUCUGGAGCAGCAUCAAUACGAGCAUUUAGAUCGUGGAGUUUUCGGAGAAGUUCGGAUUCCAUAUCCUUGUUUCCAUUUUUAUCAUUUCCCAAAAAAGCCUUUUAUCAGUAACUUCCCUGUACUUUUCUUAAGCAUUUAAGAUGAAAAACUUCAAUUUUGUAACGAAUUCUUCGUUCUCAAGAAGAGAAUUAUUAAAUUUCCAAAACCCUGGUUCUCUAGGUACUUGAUCUUCUGGUGUCAACGAGAUGAUGACAGGCGAGUGAUCUGAGUCGUAAUAAGCGCUGAUAUCCGUUUCAGUAACGCAUGCUAGUAAUUGUUUUGAAAUUAGCCAGAAAUCUAGUCGACAUUUAAUCUCUCCUGAGCCAUUUGCCCAAGAAUAACGCUUCUUAUUCGGGUGUUGAGUUCUCCAGACGUCGGCUAAGUCAAAGCUGUUACAAAGUUCCUGAAUUGCUUGGAUGGUCCUUUUGUUAUGGAGUAUGUCCCUACCACCUACUUUAUCGACCUCUGUCAAAGGACAGUUAAAAUGUUAAAUGGUAAAAUGUAGUAGUACUACUACGGCAAAUGGUAUCAAUGAUUUUGUCAAAAAAGUUAACUUGCUGGUUUUGGUCAUUGGGAGCAUAAAUAUUGACUAGACACAAAUUAUCUUGAUUAAUAUCUAUGUUUGCGACGAGAAAACGUCCAUUUUUGUCCACAGUGAUUUCCAGAAUAUCAACGUUUAGGGAAGGCUUAAACAAUAUCUGUUUUACGUAGUCAUUUACUGCGUAUUCCAACGACCACCACAUAUAGUAUAAUCAAUCACUUGAUGUUUAUUGAUACUAACAUUAAUAGCAACUGAAGCAACCAUAUUAUUCGAUCUGAAACAGAGCAAUACAAUUCAUCGUUGCGCAACUUAUAAUCUCUAGGACAAUGAUUUCACCGAAAAAUACCUCAAUUAGAAACUCUAAUUUCACAAUCAUGCUUUACUCACUGCUGUGGCAGGUCGUAGCUUAAAACGGCUUAGCCUUAAACUGGUUAGCUUGAAUCUCUUGUACUGGUGAGCAAUACCGGUUAGCAAAAUACUUCUGAUUGAAACCUGACAGUGUGUAAAACAGCAUAAAAUCUAGUAAUCUCAAAAUGUCAAUUAAUGCCCUUAGUCUUUAACUAAAUCAGUGUUUGUAAUCACGAGUUUAUUUCCAAUUCAGUUAACGAAAAAUCCUCCACCCUGAUAAGGGCGUAG